AGAGAGAGCACUAAGUUUUUAUCAUCCUUUAUCUGUUUCAAAUGGCUCCAUCUCCAACUGGAAGAACAAGAACAAGGCCAACCAGAAAGACAAGAAGAAGAAAGCAUUUCAAGAAGCGGCAGCUUGUUCAGCACUCCAAGAUCAAUCAAGAAGAAGCAUCGAGAAGUUUGCCUUCAAACUCUUCCACCCCAAGCUGCAAUGAUUUUUCAAAGAUCGGCGACAUAGAUUUUGAUCAGGGUGUUCAUCAUGAAGUCCCCUCAAGCGGCUGCUCCACUCCAAAAGCUCAGAGGUUCAACCAAGGUUUUAUGUCUCAUAUAUCGGGUGGAAGAGGGACCCUUAUGAGACCUGUGACAGUCGAUGCAUAUCUAUUUAGUUUGAUUGAUGAGGAUGCUAAGAGUAUCGAUCCAGGAAAUUUUGAACGCCACUGGGGGGUAUUUACUUAUUAUGGGGUACCAAAAUACCCACUUAACCUUGGUACCACAAAUUCAGGAUCCUUGGUUCCGGCAAGAAAUGUGGACUUCUUGGAUCGCAAGUGGUGUGUGAUGAAGCCAUCGGCUAAACUUGAUGACCCACAAGUGCAACCAAGCGUGAGUUAUGCCUGUGGACGUGCUGAUUGCACUAGCCUUGGCUAUGGGACAUCUUGCGGAAAUUUGGAUGCUCGGGGGAACAUCUCUUAUGCAUUUAACAGUUACUACCAGAGGAAUAAUCAACUUGAUACUGCCUGCAAGUUUCCCAACCUUUCAAUGAUCACUAAAACCGACCCCACGGUUGGAGAUUGUAGAUUUGGGAUAAUGAUCGAACCAUAUUAUGGAGGUGCAGAAAGGACACUUGGAUGUCUCCAAAUGCCACUGACAAACAGCAAAACACAUGCACAUGCAUGA